CGGGCGCCGUCUGUCCGGCAGAGGGGCUUGAGUGCGGGCGGGCCGAGUGAGGAGGCGGAGCGGGCGCAGCGCGCGGCCGAGCAGCCCGGUCCCACCGUCUUCAGCCGGAUCCUGGACGGCUCCAUCCCGGCGCACGUGCUCUACGAGGACGACCAGUGCCUGGCCUUUCGGGACGCAGCGCCGCAGGCUCCGGUGCACUUCCUGGUGAUCCCGCGCCGGCCCUUGACGCGUCUUAGCCGGGUCUCCGAGAGCGACGCUCAG